UUUUUAUUUCAUUAUCUUAAUUUUUAUCGGCGACACCCCUCUUCAAUAAUCCUGGGUCCGCCACUGGCUACGGUGCUUGCUUUCUUCACCCCAGUGCAUUUUUUUAGAAUAAAAUCCCCACCACUGUAACCUCCCUGUUAUGCAUGUCACCUGAAUCACCCCACCUCCGGAAAUAAAAUCCGAGUCGUGUCUUUCCCAUCUCACUGCCCCCGAAAUCAACUCCCAAUCGGGUAUAUCCCUUCACCAAAUCGCAGGAAUCAACUCAUGUGCCCCUUCUCCAUGUUGUGAUGAGCAUGACGAUAACAUUGAUGAAGACGGUUGACGGUGGGAAUCGGCGACGGUCGGCGGUCGUUAGUGGGAAUUAGUGACCGACGAUGGGGCGAGGAUAAUGGCGGUGACGGUGAUGGAAAUGGGUUCAGUUUUUUACAGAUGUAUUUAUUAGAAUAAAAUGUUUUCUAGAAAUAAAAUGGGAGAAUGGUAAAUAGAUAAUUUUAGUCGUUUAAAUUAGAGCGAUUAUAAUAAAUCAGGGCGACAUUUAGCAAUCCCAUUUUUCAUUGGGCCUCAAAAUUAGGGUUGUCAGUGAGCCAAUACGUUCGUGAACUUCUGUCGAACUCGAUAAAAACUCGUUCGAUUCAAUAAAAGCUCAAUUUGUUUAUUAACGAGCUGAGUUUGAGCUUAACCUUGUUCGGCUCGUGAAACUCGUGAACUAGCUCUAUUAGGUAGCUUGUUGAGUUCAACUCAUGAAGUAUCUCAUUUUGAGCUUAUGAGAUGUCUCAACCAUGUAACUAGCGAGCCAACUUGAUUAUAGUUCAUGAGAAAGUCGAUCUAUAUCUUAUAAGUUAGUUUGUUAAUGAUGCAUAUAUUUAUUAAAUUGUACAUCACACCUCAUAUCCUCAUGUGAUGUUUAAUAAUUUGAGUAUGUGAGCAAAUAUGUCUCAUAUAUGACAUGAAGAUUAGUUAAUCACGUGUAUCAUUUGUGACAUAUAAAUAUAAGGGUAUUUAAUUCAUAAAUUAUCUUAGAGUUGAGCUGGAGCCUAAAUUUUGAUAAUAAUGAUAAGCCAAAAUUCAAUAAAUGAGUUGACUCGUGUUCGACUCGACUCGGCUCGUUCAUAAACGAGCCGAGCUUGAGUUCGACUCGUUUAUAAAUAAACCAAACCUGAACAAGGCAAACCUCGAUUUAGCUCUGUUCAUUAACAGUCCUACUGAUGACUACAUAUUUACACAUGUUUUACCCCUCAUUCCUUGAUUUUUUAGCUUGGUGUUUAUCCUAAUUUGGCCUAUCUUAUGCUAGGUUAUGUUCCUUUGUCAAAUUUCAGCUCCUAGCAUGUAAAGUGAAGCCUAGGGGCAAGUUUCAAGUCAAUCGGAGAUCAAUUGGCGACUCAGGGUGAGAAACUCGAGACUGACUUGAGCAAUAAUGGAUUUCUAACUCAUUUUAUUGACAAAGAAUCAUGAAAUCUUGUCAUUAAAAGAAAGAGGACAAGACUACGAGCAUCGAGGAUCAAACGACACCUGAAUCGGAGGUCAAACGAGCUCAAACGAGAUCAUCGAAGCUUAGGAGUGCAUGCUGGAAAUUGUGCACGACCGUGUGAAAUUCUGCACGGCCGUGUGGGUUUCCCAGAGGGUUUGCACGGCCAAAAACUCAAUUUUCACGGCCGUGCAAGUAGGGGGUGCGAGUUUCAGCGGGUAUAAAAGCUGUUUUGCGAUUUUUGGAGAGGAGGAGCUGGGUUUUGGAUCCCAAACACCCAAGGGACGAACUAAAGAGAGAGAGGGUGAUCUAGAGCCAUUCUUGGAGCUAAUUUGGAGGAUUUCUUCACCAAUGAAGCUCGAGAAUCAAGCUUGGAGAUGGAGAUUGAAGAUCUAGAUCAGAUUUCUGCAGUCUCUCUCUUCUCUAUGGAGUAACUUCCCUUCACUUAGGUUUUGAGGAACCCUAGUUCCAUAUGUUAGGAUCUUUCUUGUAUGAAAUUUUGGAUGCUAUAUUGUGUGAUUAUAAUCAAUUGAGGCAUGAUUUAUUGAGUCAAUUGAAUCCUGAUCAAAUUCUCUUGAAUUCUGCUUUAACCUAUGAUAGAUAGAAUCUGAUUAGGUUAAGAGAGCUUCCUUGAUUGAUAGUAGUGAAUUGGUUGUGCGAGAGUCAGUCAAUUCACUGCUUUGUACUAGAAUUCAUUCCAGUAGUGGAUAUCUGUGUGAAUCGCCUUAGCAGUCUAUCCCGGUGAAGGCUAGUCGCCUGCCGGGUAUUCUGUCUAAGAGGGCUUGGUCAGCUUAAGAGAUUCCAAGCUAAUUUAGGAUCUUCCGCAGUUUAAUCAACAGUAAAACAACCAAAAGGAAUUACAACUUGGACAUAAUUGAGGAGCUAGGGGGAAUCAUAACCAAGUGAGUUCCCAACCUGUAAUUAGUAGUUUUACUUAGUUUAGUUAAUCAAUCCUUUAUUUUAUUUUGCUAGAUAAUGAACUGAAGCUGAGUAAUAGUACAUCUAGAGACCCGAGGAUUCGAUAUUUAUUACUUGCACCACUAUACUGCAGUCCCUUUCAUUGGUUACACUUGGCCAUUGUUAGGUGUUGUGUCGUAGCGAGUCGCCUACUCAAAAUCUCGGUAUUGUUUUGUAGUUACCGAGUAGUCAAACCAAACUAAACCAAAAAAAUUCAUUUGUCUAUGGCUCAGCAAUUAAAUGCUCCAAAUUGGUGGGUUUUUUAUGGGAAUAUGGGGAUUGCUAAAUCUCAGUUUAUAAAUUAGUGUUCUUUGUUACAUCGUACCAUUUUAGCAAUGUCGAUUACUGGGAUUACUAAAAAUGUUCAGGUUUGGUAACUAAAAAUAUUUAAUUUCAAUAAUGAUCACUAAAUUAGUUUAACUGUACACGUUUGGCACUCUCCAUUAGUCUCAUUCCAAUUCCGUUAAUGAAGUUAUUAAUUGCUGAUGUGACAAACGGAAUCGCCUAACCAGCCGAAUUUAACCAAGAAAACACUUAACCCAACCCACCACGUCAUUUAAACCAUAAUCCAAGCCAUGCCCCAAUCCAUGACCCAUACAAAUCGUCUGCCACAGCCUGAGACCACCACCACACUACCGCUGCUCCUCUUCCUUCUCCUCCUCAAUCUGCUCUCAUUUGUCGUCGGUGUCGACGACGACAACACCACCGCAGACUACACUCACUCAAGCUACAAUGCCACGACGUACCUAGACGUCUGUUACACCUUCCUCUCCCGCUACUCCAAUGUUGUAUGACAUAAAGACAUAUAUGAUACCUUAAUUUGAGCUAAAUUUAUAAUUAACCUUAAUUUAAUUCAAACUCAUAUCAUCCAUUAUCAAAAGUUUUUUCUUACGAGUCAUUCAAACUAUCUCACAAAAUAAAUCAUAAUUUUGUUAUGGUCGAUCAAAAAUAUUAUUAAGUACAGGAGAUGCAAACCACAUUAAAAUCCUCGCAUUGUGUAAAAUAACGAGAAUGACAAUGAACAAAAGCACACGAUAACGAGAUUUACGCGGUUUCCCCGAAUGUCGGGACUAGUCCAUGGGAGAUAUGAACUCUCCAGUUGAGAUAUUAUUAGGUUAAGUUCAAGUGGUGGCCAGCGGCCUUACAUCAUAUAUAUACCCUUUAUCUCAUUCAACUAGGGUUUUAUUGUUUGGACAAGCAUACAACAUACAUGCAUUAGAUGGAGCUAGGUUUGCAUGGUAUGUAUAAGAAGGCUUGGACGUGGAUAGACUGGGUCUUUGUUGGGCCGAACCCAUUAUUCCCCCGCAAGCCGCAGCGUGGAGAUCACGAACGCGCAGGUUGGAUAACAGGAAAUGAAAACUUUCAACUCCAAGGCCCUUGGUGAACAUAUCAGCAAGCUGUAACUGAGAGCUGAUCUUGAUCGGUGCAAUCUCCCCAGACUGAACUCGCUCCCGAACAAAGUAACAAUUCAUCUCCACAUGCUUAGUGCACUCAUGGAAAACAGGGUUCGCCGUAAUAUGGAGUGUCGCCUGAUUAUCGCAAUAGAGAGGUGUGGCGCCACGUGGAGGAGCACCAAGCUCGCGUAGGAGCCACGUGAGCCAGAUCAUUUCACUAAUGGUAUGUGCCAUAGUACUCAGCCUCGGCUUAGGAACGAGCAACUACCUGAUGUUUCUUCGUACGCCAAGAUACCGGAACUCCUCCAAGAGUGAUGACAUAACCAAUAGUGGAACGUCCCGUUGUCUGGAAACCGCCCCAAUCUGCAUCACAAUAUGCUGUAAGAUAAAGUGAAAUAUGUGAAGGGAAGAAUAAGCCCUGACCUGGAGCACUCUUGAGAUAACGAAAGAUCCUGUCUGCAGCAUCCAUACGAGCACGAGUAGUAUCAUUAACAAACUGAUUGAGUAUAUUAACUUCAUAGGUGAUAUAUGGACGAAUGAUCGUUAAGUAGAGGAGUUGUCUUACCAGACGAUGAUAGGCGGCAGGAUCGGGAUGAUCUACAUACGCAGGUCGUGUAAGCUGGUGAUUCUUCUCAACUAGAAAAGCACUAGAUCGGCUGCCUGUUACACCAGCGUCGGCAAGAUGUCAAAUAGAUACUUUCCAAUGUAACUAAUACAAAAAAAGUAAUUAAUAUAUUUCUUCUUUUUUGCAUUCCCAAAAUGCUCUUGGUUGUCAAUCUGAAAACCCCCAAGGGGUUGUAACCAUAUCUAGCCCAAUUUUAAUUCAUUCAAAUCAUAAAUACUAUCCACCAUUCACUCUUUCCUCCCAUUUUUGAAAUUUUUAUAUCCACCAUAAAUAAUCUUUUCGUUUAUCUCAAUAAUGUUAUUAUCUCCAUAACUGAAUUCACUACCUAGCAUACACUUCUUCUCCUACAUUUCACUGAAUGCAAAAAUGUAAUGGCAAUAUGCUUUGAAUUAUGAAACUUUGAUUUCAGGAACUUACCUUUACCAAUUACAUGUCAUGAACGUAGUCUGAGAUUGAUUGAUCGUCUUAAUCUUUCAUUAUUUUCAAAAUUAUGUACCCACUUAUGAGGUUCGCGAUAUUGUAAUAGGUGAGGUUGAUCUGAAAAUUUAACUUCAUGCUCUCAGUGUGGAUGCGAUGAGGAGGUGAAGGUUCUCUCAUUUUGUCAGUAUCUUUGAGUAGUUUCUCAGUUACAUUCCAAAAAUCUAGCUCCCUCGCGAUACAAACAAAUAAAGUUAGAUUAAACAA